AUGGCCGAUCAGCUGACCGAAGAGCAGAUUGCCGAGUUCAGGGAGGCUUUCUCCCUAAUCGAUAAAGAUGGCGACGGCUCCAUCACAAGAAAGGAGUUUGGAACUGUCCUGAGGUCCCUGGGUCACAACCCAACCGAAGCUGAGCUGCAGGAUAUGGCCAACGAGGUGGACGCCGAGGGUCAAGGCACCAUUGAUUUCCCAGGGUUUUUGACCGUGAUGGCUCGAAAAAUGAAAGACACGGACAGCGAAGAAGAAAUCCGCAGGGCAUUCCGAAUCUUUGACAAGGAUGGCCGUGGCCUCAUCAGUGUGGCCGAGCUGCGCCACGUCAUGACCAACUUAGGAGAAAAACUAACAGACGAAGAAAUAAAUGAAAUGAUCACAGAAGCAGACAUAGACGGCAACGGAGAAGUCAACUAUGAAGAAUUCGUACGGAGGAUGAUUUUAAAAUGA